AUGAUCAUGAACCAUGCACUAGAGAUCCCAAGACCACCUACCUUCCUUGUGCAAACAAUGGACGCAGAGGAACUGGCAGUCUCUACCGAUCUAUUCCCCGCCAUGGAAUAUCCGUUGUAUAAAUGCUUGGCCCCUGGUCAGAAAUUUGAGAAAGAUAUGCCACGAGAGAUGAUGCUACGCUUCAUCAAAGCAGGAGAGAAAGCAGCACCGAAACAAAAACAAGAAGCGGCAUCAAAAUGGAUUGGAUGGAACAUGCCGUUUGGAUCAAAAUUACUGCCUAUAACCGAUUACAAAGGUCAGCGUGAGCGAGUAAGAAAGACACAUGAAACAUGCACCGGUUUCUAA